AUGUCCAGGAAGGGGGCCAGCGGCCGAGCUCGGGGGGAGAAGCCCGACGCCCUGGCCGCCUUGCAGGCUGCCAAUGAAGAGCUCAGGGCCAAGCUCACCGACAUCCAGAUAGAGCUGCAGCAAGAAAAGAGUAAGGUUGGCAAGUUGGAAAGAGAGAAAAAUCAGGAAGUUAAGCAGAUCAAAGAACACGAACAGCAUAAAAGUACAGUGGUGGUAACAGAGCUCAAAGUCAAACUUCAUGAAGAGAAAAUGAAGGAGCUCCAAGCUGUUCGAGAAGCACUUUUGAGACAACACGAAGCUGAACUACUUAGAGUAAUAAAAAUCAAAGAUAAUGAAAUCCAGAGACUGCAGACCCUUCUCAAUGCUGUACGUGAUGGGGCUCCUGACAAGGUGAAAACGGUGCUGCUCACAGAGGCGAAGGAGGAGGCCAAGAAAGGGUUUGAGGUUGAGAAAAUAAAAAUGCAGCAAGAAAUUUCAGAGCUGAAGGGGGCUAAGAAACAAGUGGAAGAGGCUUUAACCAUGGUCAUCCAGGCCGACAAAAUUAAAGCAGCGGAGAUAAGGAGUGUCUAUCACCUGCAUCAAGAGGAAAUCAGCAGAAUUAAGAGGGAGUGUGAGAGAGAAAUUCGUAGACUGAUGGAGGAGAUUAAGUUUAAAGACAGAGCAGUCUACGUGCUGGAGAGAGAGUUAGGGGUUCAAGCCGGGCAUGCUCAGAGACUGCAGCUCCAAAAGGAGGCUUUAGAUGAACAACUUUCCCAGAUCAAAGAGUCUGAUCGGCAUCUGAGCAGCCCCAAGCGGGAACUUCCUUAUGCAAGUGGUGCAGGAGACGCUUCAGAUCAAUCGGGAAGCCCCCAGUUGGAUGAAAAAGACGCCCGUCGUUUCCAACUGAAAAUCGCCGAGCUGAGUGCCAUCAUCAGGAAGCUGGAGGAUCGCAACGCGCUGCUCUCCGAGGAGAGGAACGAGCUGUUGAAACGUCUUAGAGAAGCUGAAAGUCAGUAUAAGCCUAUUCUGGACAAAAAUAAACGCCUUAGUAGGAAGAAUGAAGAAUUGUCACAUGCCUUACGUCGAAUGGAAAAUAAACUGAAGUUUGUAACACAAGAAAAUAUAGCAAUGAGGCAGAGAGCUGGAACAAUAAGGAGACCAAGCUCUUUAAAUGACCUAGACCACAGCCAGGAAGAAAGAGAAGUAGAUUUCCUGAGACUACAAGUUAUUGAACAGCAAAACAUCAUUGAUGAACUGUCCAAGACUUUGGAGACUGCUGGCUAUGUGAAGAGUGUCAUGGAACGUGAUAAGCUCUUAAGGUUUAGGAAGCAAAGGAAAAAAAUGGCAAGAAUCCCUAAGAAGCCCGUGGUGGAGACUUUCUUCGGCUACGAUGAAGAAGCUUCCUUGGAGUCAGACGGUUCCUCCAUCUCAUACCAAACUGACCGGACGGAUCAAACCCCUUGCACGCCUGAAGAUGACUUGGAAGAGGGCAUGGCCAAGGAGGAGACCGAGCUGCGGUUUCGGCAGCUGACGAUGGAGUACCAGGCGCUGCAGCGAGCGUACGCCCUGUUGCAGGAACAGGUUGGAGGAACAUUGGAUGCAGAACGAGAAGUUAAGACACGUGAGCAGCUCCAGGCAGAAGUGCACCGCUCUCAGGCUCAGAUAGCAGACCUGGAGAAGGCACUGGCAGAGCAGGGGCAGGACAUGAAGUGGAUUGAGGAGAAGCAAGCGUUGUAUAGAAGAAACCAAGAACUGGUAGAGAAGAUAAAACAAAUGGAAGCAGAGGAAGCUCGUUUAAAACAUGAUGUCCAGGACGUUAAGGAUCAGAACGAGCUCCUGGAGUUCAGGAUCUUGGAGCUUGAAGAGAGAGAGAGGCGAUCGCCUGCCAUCAACUUCCACCACGGCCCUUUCACAGAGGGGAAGAGCCCUCUCCAGGUGUACUGCGAGGCUGAAGGUGUAACAGACAUAGUAGUAGCAGAGCUGAUGAAAAAAUUGGACAUUUUAGGGGAUAACGCCAACCUGACCAAUGAAGAGCAAGUAGUUGUCAUACAAGCAAGGACAGUCCUCACGUUGGCUGAAAAGCUGAGCACACAGGGGUGCUGCCUCUGUGCUGCCUCUGCCAGGCCUAACACCCACUCUCUGUUGUGUGCACAGUGGCUCCAGCAGAUUGAGGUGACGGAGUCUGCGCUGCAGCAGAAGAUGCUGGACCUGGAGAAUGAGAAGGAGCUGUUCAGCAAGCAAAAGGGCUACCUGGAUGAUGAGCUUGACUUCAGGAAACAGUCCUUGGACCAAGCUCACAAGCAAAUUCUGGAAUUAGAAGCCAUGCUCUAUGAUGCCCUGCAGCAAGAAGCUGGAGCCAAAAUUUCCGACCUUCUUUCAGAAGAGGAGAAGGAGAAGCUGAAGAGCGCGGUGGAGCAGUGGAAGCGGCAGGUGAUGAGUGAGCUGCGGGAGAGGGACGCCCAGAUCCUGCGGGAGAGGAUGGAGCUCAUCCAGCACGCACAGCAGAGAAUUAAAGAGCUAGAAGAAAGAAUUGAAGGCCAAAAAAGACAGAUAAAAGAGUUAGAGGAAAAGUUUUUAUUUUUGUUUUUAUUUUUCUCUUUAGCUUUCAUUCUUUGGUCAUAG